AUGGACGAUCAGAAGCUGCCUGGUGAGGACAAAGACUCUGGCACGCCAGCUAACUUAUUGGCAGCAGCAGCAGAUGGAAUUGUCUCCUCGGAGGAGCAGGGCAGUGUGGAAGCCGAUCCGCCGAAGCCGCCAGAAGAGAGCCCUGUGAAAGAGCCCUUGGAAGACGCAGAGGCUAAAGAGGAACCGCCACUGACCUGCCGCUCCCCACCCAAACGCUGUGCGUUCUGUAACUGCAGCAAGUGGAGCUUGCACGGGCAGCGUGAGCUGUUGCGUUUUGAUCCAGCACCCAACUGGGCAGAAGGUCUUUCCGAGCCUCAGGAAGGGGAGCAGCCUGGCUUAAGAGAAGCUGGAAAUGAGGACCAGACCCUCAUUGGCUUUGCAGAUGGUGUUUCGGUGCGAGAGGUGUUUGAGCCAACAGGGCACUUCUGGGCUCAUCACUGGUGUGUGGUGUGGUCAGCUGGAAUCUUGCGUGCGGAAGGGUCAUGGUUGAGCCAUGUGAACAAAGCUGUCAUCUCAGGGAUUGCACAGAAAUGUGAACACUGUAGGAGACUGGGUGCUACCAUUCCAUGUCGUGCGGAGGGGUGCCAGCGCCACUAUCACUUCCCCUGUGCUGCAGCCAGUGGCUCCUUCCAGUCCAUGAAGUCAUUGAAGCUCCUGUGUCCGGAGCACCUAGACCAGGCUGUGCAGAUGGAGGACUCGCGCUGCAUGGUGUGUGAUGCACCCGGGGACUUGCGUGAUCUGCUCUUCUGCACCAGCUGUGGCCUGCACUAUCAUGGCACCUGCUUGGAGAUCACGGUAACGCCCCGCAAACGCUCCGGCUGGCAGUGUCACGAAUGCAAAGUUUGUCAAACGUGUAGGCUAUCGGGGGAGGACAGCAUGACGUUAGUGUGUGAAGCGUGCGAUAAAUGUUACCACACGUACUGCUUGAAGCCAGCCAUUGAGAGCCUCCCCACAGACUCCUGGAAGUGUAAGAGUUGUCGUGUCUGCUCUGACUGUGGCUUCCGCCCAUCCGCACUGGAUCCCGGCUGCCAGUGGUACGAGAACUACUCUUUGUGUGAAGGGUGUCAAGAGCAGCGUUGCAAGGAUGCGGCUGGCAUGGAGGCUGUACAGCGCAGCCAAGAAAAUGUUCCCCCAGCAAACAGUCCUCUGAAGAAUACGUACCCUGUAGCAGACACGCCGGCAUCUCCCCAGCCAAUGCGGGAAGCUCAUGUGGCCAGCCCAGGGCAAACAGAAAGCAGCAGUGGCCCUGUUGGCUUGCACCAAGAAGAGGAGGGUCCAUUGGAAUGUGAUAAGAAAUCUGUUGAUGCAGACAAGCCUUUAGAGAUGUCCAGCGUGGAUCCAGAGGCCCCUGCAGGGCAGGAGCAAAUGGAAGUGGAGACAACAGUUGAGCCUGAAAAUGCCCCCUUGCCAGCACCCCCUCCUCCGGUACCUCCAGAUCCUGUCUCACCUGCCCAUCCUGAGGAGCCCACACUAGGUGCCAAAGAGCAUCCUGCCUUUGAGUUGCUGCCUGUAGAGCAGGAACCCUCAGAGAGCCGUAUUGAGGCAGUACCAUCUACCCAGGAAGCUGAGGCAUCGUCUCCCAGAAGCCCUCAGCCAGCCUCUUUCAAAGCUGGUUCCCCUGAAGCUGCUGAUGGAGAGGCCAGUGAGGAGCCCAUGGAUACAGGGACUGAGGGGCUUGUUCCAGGUAGCCUGGGUGACAACAGAGUCCAGGCUGGCCACGAAGAGGAAGAAGAGGAGGCAGUGGCACCGAAGAUGGAACUUGAGGGAAGAUUCUCCCCGCAGCUGAGUGAGGAGGAGACUCCAGAAGAAGGACAUGCCACAGGAGGGCCGGAGCCCAACGAGGCUCCCCUCAGCUUUGCCAGUGAAUCCAAGUGCUCUCCCUCGCCAGUGGAGGCAGAAUUGCUGGGCAGCACAUCCACCCCAUUGGAGGGCUACAGCACCGGCAACCCACUUCAGGGAGGGGCAGGGGGAGAUGAGGCGGGACCGGCCCCACCAGCCUUGAGGCCCCACCCCUUGCUUAAGUCGGAUAUUGUUAAUGAGAUCUCAAACCUGAGCCAGGGUGACGCCAGCGCCAGCAGCUUUCCAGGCUCGGAGCUUCCAUUUGCUUCCCCAUAUCACGAAGGCGGGGGCUCAUUCUCCAUGGAAAUGGCCUGCUUGACCUCCACAGACGUCAGCCUGCAAAAGGACGAUGGAGCCUCCUUGGCCCUGGGCGAGAUGGACGACUCUUUACUCUUUGAUGUAAAAGGGGAGGGUGAAAAGGGCCGGCGGCGCAGCUCCCCGGGCCGCUCCCGUGUCAAACAGGGUCGCAGCAGCAGUUUUCCCGGGAGGAGAAGGCCUCGGGGAGGGUCUCAUGGCGGUCGGGGGCGGGGCCGCUCACGGUUGAAAUCCACCACUUCUUCAAUUGAGACGUUGCUUGCUGAUAUUGACAGCUCCCCGAGUAAAGAGGACGACGACGAUGACGACGAUACCAUGCAAAACACAGUGGUGCUCUUCUCCAACACCGACAAGUUUGUGCUGAUGCAAGACAUGUGUGUCGUCUGUGGUAGCUUUGGCCGUGGCGCUGAGGGACAUCUCCUCGCAUGUUCUCAAUGCUCUCAGUGUUACCAUCCAUACUGCGUCAAUAGCAAGAUUACCAAGGUGAUGCUGCUCAAGGGCUGGCGUUGUGUAGAAUGCAUCGUGUGUGAAGUAUGCGGCAAAGCAUCCGACCCGUCUCGUCUGUUGUUGUGCGACGACUGUGACAUCAGCUACCACACGUAUUGCCUGGACCCGCCCCUCAACACUGUGCCCAAGGGAGGCUGGAAGUGUAAAUGGUGUGUGUGCUGUGUGCAGUGUGGGGCAGUAUCACCUGGUUUCCAUUGUGAAUGGCAGAACAAUUACACCCACUGCGCGCCCUGCGCCAGUCUUGUCACCUGUCCCAUUUGCCAUGUGAAGUAUGUGGAGGAUGACUUAUUAAUCCAGUGCCAGCAUUGUGAGCGGUGGAUGCAUGCAGUGUGUGACAAUCUUUUCACUGAGGAAGAAGUAGAGCAGGCAGCAGAUGAGGGGUUUGACUGUACCUCGUGUCAGCCCUAUAUAGUCAAGCCUGUAGUUUCAGUUCCCCCUCCAGAAAUUGUCCCAGUGAAGAUCAAGGAGCCAGAGCCCCAGUAUUUUCGUUUUGAAGGUGUCUGGCUGACAGAAACUGGUAUGGCUGUGCUUCGUAACCUGUCUUUGUCACCAUUGCACAAGCGCCGGCCGCGUAAGGCAACACCAACGACACCACGGCCGUGUACCCUCAAUGGCGAAGGUGGGCUGGAAGGAGCUGACCCUCUGGGCCCAGAUGAGAAAAAAGACGGUGAUGUAGAGGCAGAGGAGAUCCUGAAAGCUGAAGGUUUCGUUGAGCACAUGGAGUGUGAGAUCAAACUGGAAGCUCCGGCUACCCCAGACAGGGAAGCUGCUGCAGAUGCCGACUUGAGCAAGGGCCUUCUGGAGGACUCGGAGGAGGUCAAGAAACGGAAGCGGAAGCCAUACCGCCCUGGGAUUGGAGGGUUUAUGGUGCGGCAACGGAAGUCACACACACGCUUGAAAAAGGGCUGCCCAGUUUUGGCGGAAGUCUCUCGUGAGGUGACUGGUGUGGAGGGGCACCCUGAAGAGGGGGCUCAACUUUCUGAGAUCCCUGCAGAGGGUGCUCCUGAGCAGGGAGCGGCUGAGGGUGAUGAGAAGAAGAGCAAGCGGCGUGGUAGAAAGAAGAGCAAGCUGGAGGACAUGUUCCCUGCCUACCUUCAGGAAGCCUUCUUUGGAAAAGCACUUCUGGACCUGAGCAGAAAGGCCGUGUUGGCAGCCGGUGGUGUGGGUGGAGAAGGAACGGCUCACCCUCCUGUCGGCCAGGGAGCUCCCAGGGCCAAGGUGGACUGUGGCAUGCUCCAGAAAGGGCCAAUGGAUGGAAAGGAGGCCUCGGUUCAGCAAAAAGGGAAUGAAUGUGUUGAUGGCAGGGAGACAGCUGCCCCGGAAAACAGCUUGAAAGCUGCUGAGGCCAAGCCUGAAAACACCGGCACAGAAGAACAGAUGGUGCCCAAGAACACUCCAGAUCCUACAGGUGCCGAGAACCCAGCCACACCCCCGGGGGAGGGGGUGCUCAGCUCCGACCUUGACAAAAUCCCCACUGAAGAGCUACCCAAAAUGGAGAGCAAGGAUGUUCAGCAGCUCUUUAAAGAUGUCCUGGGAUCAGCUGAGCGAGAGCAGCAACUCAACUGUGUCGGGGCUGAGCCAGAGGCUGGAGGCAUCCGUGACCCAAACCGCACACAGCUUGCCCAAAGGCCUUUCCUGCAAGGUGGUGGGGUCUCCCUUGGAUCCCUGCAGCCUGCUGUACCUAUGGAGACCUACUCUGGAGUUUGCCAGUCCCCGUUUCUUGAUAGCAGGGAAAGGAGUGGCUUCUUCAGCCCUGAGCAGUGUGAACCGGAGAGCCCUUGGGCCAGUAGUUCUGCAGCUUCCACGCCCACCACACCCACAACAGAGGGGGAGAGUGACGGACUCUCCUAUAACCAGCGGAGCCUGCAGCGCUGGGAGAAGGACGAGGAACUGGGGGAGCUGUCCACCAUCUCACCUGUGCUCUAUGCCAACAUGAAUUUCCCCAACCUCAGACAGGACUACCCAGACUGGUCUAGCCGUUGUAAGCAGAUCAUGAAGCUCUGGAGAAAGGUGCCAGCCCCAGACAAAGCCCCUUAUUUGCAAAAGGCCAAAGAUAACCGGGCAGCUCACCGCAUCAACAAGGUGCAGAAGCAAGCCGAGAGCCAGAUCAGCAAGCAGCAGACCAAAGUAGAGGUGCCGCGGAGACCAGACCGCCCUGCUCUGCAUCUGCGCAUCCCACCCCAGCAGGGGGCACUGCCAGGGGCCACCCAGCCGCCACCACCGCCGCCGCCUCCUCCUCCUCCUCCUGUUGCUGCCACCUCAGCAGCCAGGCAGCCCGUCUACAUCAACAAUGCUGCAGCUCUGCCAAGCGGGUCAGGUGUUGAGUCGCCCAGUGAGCUCUUCCUCAAUCUUCCCUCUUCUGCCGCCAGUGCCCAGCCCCCAGCGCAAGUGCCUUUGCACGAGCCCUAUGGCAUGGCCUCUGCCUGCCCCCCACCAGAUCCACGUUUUCCUUCUCCUUCCUCAGUGCCUGCCGGCUUUACCUCCUCCUCUUCCUCCUCCUCCUCCGGACAGUCCCCACACCUGCCCAAUCCCCGUCCAACCCCACAGUCUGGGGAGUUCCAGCCCACUCCACCUGGAACCCCUAGGCAUAGGCCCUCCACCCCAGACCCUUUCCUGAAACCCCGCUGCCCGAGUGGGUCUUUGGAAAACUUGUCUGUGCCUGGAAGCCCCCAGCAAUCUGCACUGAUGCUUUCGCCACCCCCCUUUGGGGAACAGAAGAAAGGGCUGGAUAUCAAGAAAGAAGAUGCCGGGCCAGGAAUCUGCUCGCCAAGCUAUGGCUAUGGUGACUCACCAGCCGGUGCUCAUCAUCCCACUGAAAUGAAAGCCCCAGAUGUGUUCAAAGCCCCGCUCACCCCCCGGCAAUCUCAGGUGGAGCCACAGAGCCCAGGUUUGGGGCAUCGGCCCCCAGAUUCUCACCCUCUGGCUUCUUCUCCCCCCAGCCAGGCUGAUCUCUACCGGCAAUCUCCGUUCCCGGACCCUUAUGCUCAGCCUCCUCUGACGCCUCGGCCUCAGCCCCCACCCCCAGAAAGCUGCUGUGCCCUUCCCCCUCGCUCACUACCUUCUGACCCCUUCUCACGCAUACCAGCCAGCCCACAGUCCCAGUCUAGCUCCCAGUCCCCUCUCACUCCCCGGCCACUUUCCAACGAAGCCUUCUGCCAGUCUCCGGUCACCCCUCGUUUUCAGUCUCCCGACCCCUACUCCCGGCCUCCUUCACGGCCACAAUCCCGGGAUCCUUUUGCCCCUCUGCACAAGCCCCCUCGUCCCCAGAUGCCAGAUGCCGGCUUCAAACCCUUGCCAGUCUCCCACAACAGCCCAGCAGUUGGGGGCUAUCCAGCAGUGCCUCCUUCGGGUGAGCCCCACCCCAAGACUAGCCAGCAACCCCAGUUUGCUCGCUCCCCUGGUGCUAAUGUCUUUCCAAAUGCCCAGCCCCAAAUGCGCUUCACUUUCCCUCCUAGCGAGCCAAUCAAGAGUUCCCCUUCCCAUGGGAUCAACAGCCAUUUUGCUCCUAGCAAGCCCCAAAGCACAAGCUACGUUUCCUCUCCGGGGUUCCACCAAGCUGGGAGCCCACUAGGGCCAGGCAAGGGUACCACAGACUCUUACACCGUCUCCCCGCUGCGUCCUCCCUCGGUCCUGCCGCAGCAGCCAUCUCAGCAAGAGAGCACCUUGCCCUACCUGCCACGGACAGGAAUGGUGCCCCCAGGUGACAAGAGGGAAGAAGGCGUGGUGGGCCCACCAAACAGGGAACUGCAAGAACUGCCAGCCAGCCAGGAGGGGGCAAUCAGCAACAUCAGCCAGACAGAAUUAGAGAAACAGCGACAGCGGCAGAGACUCCGUGAGUUGCUCAUCCGUCAGCAGAUCCAAAGGAAUAACUUGCGGCAAGAAAAAGAGAGUGCUGCAGCUGCCGCAAACAACUCCCAGGCAUCCUGGAACCCUGAGGGCAGUGGGCAGACCUUUGAACAGAUGAAUCGGAGCAUGACUCCAUUUCCAGCGGUGCAGGACAAAGGAAUCCUAGGCAGCCUGGGUACCAACUCGGGAGGCAACAAGCUUCCCGGAGCUGUGAUGGUGCAGACACCCUACGUGCAGGAGGAGCGCCUUGCCCGGCCACCCCCUGCAGCCACUCCUUCUACCAUGGAUAUCAAUGGCAGGCCAUCAGUGGUAGCCGCACAACCCUUCUACCCUCGUGGUGUCUUCCAAGCCCCAUCACCUCAGCAGCAGAUGUGGCAGCAACAGCAGCAGCAGCAGGCAGUGUCUAUGCGUCUCCCGACCCCUUCGCGCUUCCCACAGCCGCCCCCCCAAGACUUAAGCCGUCAAGCUCUGGGUGGUCUUGCCCCACGCCUGACAGGUCCCGGAGAGCAGCUUCAGGCUUCAACCAGCACUCUAGGAGCCCAGUUCAUUGAGCUAAGACACAAUAUCCAAAAAGGAGUGGGUGCGAGCGGAACAGGCCCAGCUUUUGUCCAGCAGAAUCCCCAGGUUCGACCCAGAUUCUUUCUGCCUGGAAAUGACAGCACUAACCAGGCUUUGAAAGCUGCUGUUAUGCCCAUGCAGGCCCCCGUCCUGGGAACUCAAGGCAUGCAGGCUCCCAAAAUGUCAGUCUCUAUUUCAUCCUCCCCUCAGGGGGCAGAGGUAAGCAACAACCAUCACCCUCAUGCCAAGGCUGUGCCCCAGUUGAUUCUGCCCCCUGGAAACUUGGAGAUGCAACAUGCCCCACCCCGUCCACUCUCUUCGUCUGGCCCCAAAGAGGUGACCGUUCCCCCAUCUGCCAUAGACACUCCUCCAGCUGCUGGCAAGAACCAGUUAGGUCUGGCUGGUAGGCAGUUACCCUGUGAAGUGCCAGUGGAGCCAGAUUUAGACGAUGACUUUGAUUCCCACAAAGAUCUGGAGGAUGACGAUGACUUGGCCAACUUGAGUCUUGAUCCUGAUGUUGCCAAGGGUGAUGACGAUCUUGGCAACCUGGACAAUCUGGAGACCAAUGACCCGCACCUCGAUGACCUGCUGAAUGGUGAUGAAUUUGACUUGUUGGCCUACACGGAUCCAGAGCUGGACACUGGGGACAAGAAGGACAUCUUCAAUGAGCAUCUGCGUCUGGUAGAAUCUGCCAAUGAGAAGGCAGAACGUGAGGACCUGCUGAAGAAAGAGCCCUCUGUUGGACCCUACCUCAAGGAUGGGGCACCUCCACCCAUCCUUUCAACCUUCAAGACCCACAGUGACAUGCUGGACAGCAAACUGGUUAGCCUGCCAGCUGAUAUAAAGCCUAAGAUAGAGGAGGGCUGCCUGAAGCCCUCCCCUUGCCAGUUUAAUACCGCUGAGAAGCUUGCUGUCAAAUCUGAGGCAGCUGAAAAAAUGGCUGCAACCUUAGCAGUGAACAUCAAGGCUGGCCAGAACCUCAUGAAUCCUGGACCCGGAGGUCCUGGAAUACGGCUUAGCAUGACCCAGUUCCACAGCAACAGCCAUACUUCCAUCUCGGAUAAGGUCCUGUACGGCACCCCAGGCCGCCCACCACUUACUCCCAGCCAGAUGACCAACACAAAUAACUCAGUCCUGGAAAAGUUUGAGCUAGAUGGAGGGUCCUUGAGCCUGGCUAAUACCCAACAGCACUCUCCAGCUGACGAUCUAGAUAAGAUGGAAAGUUCCUUGGUGGCCAGUGAGCUGCCUCUCCUGAUUGAAGACCUGCUGGAACACGAGAAGAAGGAGCUGCAGAAGAAGCAGCAGAUGUCUGCCCAAGUGCCGGGGGCACCCCAGCAUCUCCAGCCCCACGCCAUGUUAGCUCACCCCACUCCCCCUAGCCAGCCUCAUGACGGGCAGCUGGUAAGCCCCCAGCAGCAACAGCAGCAGCUGCAGUUGGGCGUUGUGGCCAGGCAGCAGGGAAUGGUAGCCAGUCAGCAGCUGAUGCAGCAGCAGCAGCAGCGUUUGGCUGGUCCUCAGCAAAGCCAAGUAUUAGCCCCACACAUGGGAGUGACUCAGAACCAGGCUCACCUGCUUGCCACGCAGCACAGCAUCCAAGCAACACAUGGUCAACAGAACCAGCAACAGGUCUUGGCUCAGAAGCCCAUGCCGGGAGUCCAACUGCAGCCACCACCACAGCAGCAGCAGCAGCAGCAGAUGAUGGGGCUUAAGCCCCAACAGCUUCAGCAGCAGCAGCAGCUGGCGAACAGCUUCUUCCCUGAUACAGAUCUGGAUAAGUUUGCUGCAGAGGACAUUAUGGAUCCUAUUGCCAAGGCCAAGAUGGUGGCUUUGAAGGGUAUCAAGAAGGUCAUGGCUCAGGGCAGCAUUGGAGUAGCUCCUGGCAUGAGUCGGCAACAGGUUUCCCUGCUGGCUCAGAGGCUGUCUGGAGCUUCAGCUUCAUCUGAAGUGCAGAACCACAUCCCGCCUGGCUCUGGAGGGCAGGAACGGAGCACCGACCCGACUCAGGCUCAUCCAAACCCUCCCACUUUUGCUCAAGGUGUCAUCAAUGAAGCCGAUCAACGUCAGUACGAAGAGUGGCUUUUCCACACGCAGCAGCUCCUGCAGAUGCAGCUGAAGAUUCUGGAAGAGCAAAUAGGAGUGCACCGCAAAUCCCGCAAGGCCCUGUGUGCCAAGCAGCGGACAGCUAAAAAGGCAGGCCGGGAGUUCCCGGAGGCCGAUGCAAAAAAGCUCAAGUUGGUGACUGAGGAGCAAAGCAAGAUCCAGAAACAGCUGGAUCAGGUUCGGAAGCAGCAGAAGGAGCAUACUAACCUCAUGGCUGAGUACCGCAACAAGCAACAGCAGCAUCAGCAACAAACGUCCACCGUCUUGGCCCUCAGCCCCUCGCAAAGCCCCCGUCUCAUGACCAAGCUCUCUGGCCAGUUGCUGUCCGCACAUGGUCUCCAACAGGGGCCACAGGGCUUAGCAGGCCAGGCCAGUGGCUUGCGGCUUCCUCAAGCCACCACCAUGGCGGUGCAGCAGGGCUUGUCGUUCAUGGGGCAGCAGCCGCAGCAGCCGCCGCCACCGCAGCCUCCCGGGGGUGCCACCUCCAACAACUUCUUUCCCAGCAGUCGUCUCCUGCAGGAGAGGCAGCUGCAACAGCAGAGGUUGCAGUUGGCCCAGAAGCUGCAGCAGCAAAACCUCAUUGGACAAGUGUCGAUGCAGCCGCAACAGCAGCAGAGCCUCAUGGGACAAAUGGCCAUGCAGCAGCAAGGCCUCAUGGGACAGGUCUCGGUGCAGCAACAGCAAAGCCUCAUGGGUCAGGUCUCGGUACAGCAGCAUCAGCCGCAGAGCCUCAUGGGACAGGUCUCGAUGCAGCAACAACCCAGCGCUAUCAGCCAGACUGGCUUGAUGGGCCAGCCCCCUCCUCCACCGCCCACCCCCCAGCCCAGCCAGAACCUGCUCCCUAAGCAGCAAGGACUGCUGAACAGCCAGCCAGGAGUCAUGGUCCAGCAGCUCUCCCCUCAGCAGCAGCAGCAGCAGCAGCAGGCCAUGCUUGGGCACUCCAUGCUGCAGCACCCAGGGAUGAUGGGUCACCAAGCUUCACAGAGGCAAAUGCUCUUGGCUCCGCAGCAGCAUCGGGCGCUGGGAUCUCCUCAGCAGCUGACCCAGCAGGCGCAAGGCAUGAUGGGGCACCGGCUGCUUUUGUCGCAGCAGCAACAGCCGGGGCUGCUUGGGCAGCAGAGGACUUUGCUGAGUCAGCAGCAGCAGGGCUCGAUAACACAACACCCGGCCCUUCUGGGGCAGGGUAUAGCCGCGGAGCCUAUCCAGCACUUUGCGCAGCACGGGUCUCUGAACCAGCCGCUGCACUUGAGUCAGGGAAUGCAGCCGGGCCCAUCGCAGCAGGGCCUGGUUGUCAAGGAGCAGCAGGGAGGGCCAGAAGGCAGCGCCAUGCCGCCUCAGGAGGGGGCAGACGGCGUGCAGCAGCAGGUGCUGCGGCCCCAUCUGGUAAGUCAGGACCUGGGGGGGCAGUUGCAGCUAGGCACCCAGGAGCCACAAGGGAUGGCCAGCCUUGGAGCCCCUCUGCAGGAGCAGCCCUCCCAGCUGAUGCUUCAGCAGCACGGGGAGCAGCAGAAAGCUCCAGCAGAGAUGGGCCAGGCGCAGCAGCACCUUCUCCUGGGAUCUCAGGGCUCGCUGCAGCUACGUAUGCAGCAGCAGCAGCAACAAAGCAGCCUCCUGCAACAGCCACUGCGGACUCACCUGCCCAUGGAUGGUUCCCUACAGCAAGAAGUGUCUCAGCAGCACCAUCGCGAUGCAACUCAGGGCCCCCAUUUGCUAAGCCAGCAGAUGGAACCGCAAGGUCAGGUGCAAAAUAUCAUGGCCCAGCAGCAGCAGCAGCAACGGAUUGCCGGUCAGAGCCUGGAGCAGCCUUCCAAAGGCUUGCCAGGGCAGCUUCCGCCCCAGCAGCAACACCACCACCACCACCAGCAGCACCAUCUCCACCACCAUCAGCACCUUCAGAGCCCAGCGGGUCCUCCAAAAACACCAGGGCUGAUGGUGCCGCAGCAGCAGCAGCAGCAAAGCAUGAUGGUCCAGCAGUCCUUGCCCCAGGGCCAAAGCAUCCUGUCCAGCCCGGUCAUGGGCCAGAUCCGCGCCCAGCUCCAGGGGGUCAUCUCCAAAAACCCCCAGCUGCGGAAUCUGACUCCUCAGCAACAGCAGCAGCUGCAGGCUCUGCUGAUGCAACGGCACCAGCAGAACCUGCUGCAGCAGCAGCAGAACCAAGCGUUGCGACAGGCCAGCCCUUACCAAGGGCAGGCCCAGGUGUCGCUUGAGCCGUGUCAGCCCGCUGCUCAGCAGUUGUCCCUGCCGGGGGCUGCGGCACAGCAUCCGCAGAGACAGUCACCCCUUGCGGUGUUUCAGAUUCGUCCAGAGCAAAGUUUCACUGCCUCUGUGGAGCAGCAGAGGGUACAGGUGAGCCAGCAGGCAACGAGUAGUCCCCAGCAGCAGGGGGUGUUAAGACUUCCCACUCCUCAGGCUUCCUCUGUGCCCUUGAGCAUUGCUGGUGUGACCCCCACUGCCCAGCAGCAUCCUAGCCCUUCAGAGCCAAAGAGACCCUCCCCUGUGAUCUUAGCUAAAAGCCCGGAGCAGCAGCUGACCCCCGCUGAGAAGAAACAGCCUGCUACCCCCAGCCCCCUGCUUCCCCCUGACCCGGCCCCUUUUGCCCCAAGCACAGAGGAGAUCGUUACGGGGACCUGCGGCCUCAGGGACUCAGCGUGCCCCACCAAAGACUCUGCAGAGAAAGGCCCUGUCAACGGGCAGGUGGUGGGAUCUGCCUCUCCCCCAGUAGGAGGAGUUCCAGCCCCUGUGGGCGAUCUUCUAUCCAUCACCAUCAAACAGGAACCCAAGGAGGAGGCAGCGCAGUGUGCCCUGAUGAGCAGCACCCAGCCGGUCAAGCACGAGGCCAAUGGUGACAUGGUGUUGACGGCAGCCACAGUUCCCGCUACCACGAAUAGCCUCGCCCGGUCUGAAGCUGGCCACCUCCUGUUGCAGAAGCUGCUGCGGGCCAAGAACGUGACGCUUGCAACACAACGCUCAGGGGAUGUCAAUGGCCACGUGGAUGGCAAAGUGGCCGGAGUGGAGGGCCGUGUGCAAGCAGUCCCGGAUGUAAGAGCGGAUAUGGUAGCUGCAAAGAAACCGCCACCUCCCAAGCCCAAGCGAUGUCAAAAGGCUGGAGAGCGACUUACCAACUCCCGCAAGAAGCUGCGCAAGGAGGAUGGGGUGAAGUCCAAUGAAGCCCUAAUGAAACAACUCAAGCAGGAGCUCUCCUUGCUGCCUCUGAUGGAGCCUGUUAUCACAGCCAACUUCAACCUUUUUUGCCCCUUCGGGAGCAGCCCCAUCAAUGGUAAAAGCCAGCUUAAGGGCUCUUUUGGUAACGCUGCCUUGGACAGCAUUCCAGACUACUACUCACAGCUGCUUACCAAGAACAAUUUAAGCAACCCGCCAACACCGCCGUCUUCACUGCCCCCCACGCCUCCCCCCUCUGUGCAGCAGAAGCUGGUGAAUGGAGUUAUGUCUACUGAGGAAUUGACUGAGCAGCGUAAGGACCCAGUACUGCCCCAUGAGCCUGAAGGACAAAAGGAUGCUCCCCCUGUGGAAGUGAAAAGUGUUGACCUCCUUGCAGCCCUUCCCACACCCCCUCACAACCAAACUGAGGAUGUCAGGAUGGAGAGCGAUGAAGAAAGCGACUCCCCCGACAGCAUUGUCCCAGCAUCGUCUCCGGAGAGUGUCCUGGGAGAAGAGAUGCCACGCUUCCCCUUGCUGGCUGGAGCCAAGUCUGAGAUGGAGGAGCGCCCGUUGUCACCCGUCAUUCCUAUCAUCCCAAAGGCCAGCAUCCCAGCUUUCCCAGAUAACAAGCCCUAUGUGGCACUGGAGCAGGUGGGGAAGGGGACACCAGGCACUUCGUGGGACAAGGCCAAGGGCAGCGAGGUCUCCGUCAUGCUCACCGUCUCCACAGCUGCUGCUAAGAACCUUAACGGUGUCAUGGUGGCUGUUGCUGAACUGUUGAGCAUGAAGAUCCCCAAUUCUUAUGAAGUGCUGUUUCCAGACAGCCCCAUGCGAGGUGCUACCAGUGAGCCUCGGAAAGGUGAAGCUGAUGCACAGGGCAAAGAGAAGCCGGUUGCUGCAAAGGGCCCUGAAAGUGGCCCCGAGUGGUUGAAGCAGUUUGACGCAAUGCUGCCUGGCUACAGUCUCAAGAAUGAGCUGGACAUCUUGACGUUGCUCAAGCAGGAGAGCCCAGCUCCAGAAAAGACGGCCCAACACUGCUACAUUAACAAUGUCGCCAAUCUGGACGUGCGGCAGCUCUUGACGCUCCCUGAAGAGCCAUCUCCACCUCUUUCCCCUUUUGCUCCUUCCCCACCUAGUCCCCCCAGGGCAGCGGAGCCUGCCCCUGAACCAGAACUGCCGCCUCUACCUGCUCAAUCUCCCCCGGCUUCUUCCCCCAAGGAGGAAGCUCCUCAGUCCCCACUCAAAGCCAAGCCACGCUCCCGGCCCCUGGAAGACAAUGAGGAGAACAAACCACGGGUGAAGAAAUGGAAAGGAGUGCGCUGGAAACGGCUGCGGUUCCUGAUCACCAUCCAGAAGGGUGGUGCCAAGCGUGACGGGGACAGGGAAAUUGCAGAAUUCGUUGACCGCUUGGCCGCUACCCUUCGGCCCGAGAAGGUGCCGCGUGACAUGAGGAAAUGCUGCUUUUGCCACGAGGAAGGAGAUGGGGCCACUGAUGGCCCAGCCCGUCUCUUGAACCUUGACCUUGACCUGUGGGUGCAUCUCAACUGUGCCCUUUGGUCCACUGAGGUUUAUGAAACCCAGGGUGGGGCCCUCAUCAACGUGGAAGUGGCACUGCACCGGGGCCUGCUCACCAAAUGCUCGCUUUGCCAGAAGACUGGUGCCACUAACAGCUGCAACCGCAUCCGCUGCCCCAACGUCUACCACUUUGCCUGUGCCAUCCGGGCCAAGUGCAUGUUCUUUAAGGACAAGACGAUGCUGUGUCCUCUGCACAAGCUCAAGGGCCCCUGCGACCAGGAGCUCAGCACCUUCACUGUCUUCCGGCGGGUCUACAUUGAGCGUGAUGAGGUCAAGCAGAUUGCCAGCAUCAUCCAGCGUGGGGAGCGCCUCCACAUGUUCCGGGUGGGGGGCCUGGUCUUCCAUGCCAUAGGGCAGCUCCUGCCUCAACAGAUGGCAGACUUCCAUAGUGUCACAGCGCUCUACCCCGUGGGUUACGAGGCCACCCGCAUCUAUUGGAGCCUGCGGACCAACAACCGCCGCUGCUGCUACCGCUGCACCAUCUGCGAGAACAAUGGCCGACCUGAGUUUGUGGUGCAAGUUAUGGAACAAGGUCUGGAGGACUUAGUCUUCACGGAUUCCUCGCCGCAGGCUGUGUGGAAUCGCAUCAUCGAACCAGUGGCCAUGAUGCGCAAGGAAGCUGACAUGCUGCGACUUUUCCCCGAGUACCUAAAGGGAGAAGAGCUCUUUGGCUUGACAGUGCAUGCUGUGCUGCGCAUCGCAGAAUCUUUGCCUGGUGUUGAGAGCUGCCAGAACUACAUGUUUCGCUAUGGGCGGCAUCCGCUUAUGGAGCUCCCCCUCAUGAUCAACCCUACAGGUUGUGCUCGAUCAGAGCCCAAAAUCCUCACACACUACAAACGGCCCCACACCCUGAACAGUACCAGCAUGUCUAAGGCCUAUCAGAGCACAUUCACAGGUGAAACCAACACACCAUACAGCAAGCAGUUUGUCCACUCCAAGUCCUCACAGUACCGCCGCCUCAAGACAGAGUGGAAGAACAAUGUCUAUCUGGCACGCUCACGUAUCCAAGGGCUCGGGCUCUAUGCCGCCAAAGAUCUAGAAAAGCACACAAUGGUCAUUGAGUAUAUCGGCACCAUCAUCCGCAAUGAGGUGGCUAACCGGCGUGAGAAGAUCUAUGAGGAGCAGAACCGAGGGAUCUACAUGUUCCGUAUCAACAAUGAGCAUGUUAUUGAUGCUACACUUACAGGCGGCCCUGCCAGAUACAUCAACCACUCCUGUGCACCCAAUUGUGUGGCUGAGGUUGUGACUUUCGACAAGGAGGACAAGAUCAUAAUCAUCUCAAGUCGCCGAAUACCCAAAGGAGAGGAGUUAACUUAUGAUUACCAAUUUGACUUUGAAGACGAUCAGCACAAGAUCCCGUGCCAUUGUGGAGCCUGGAACUGCAGGAAAUGGAUGAAUUAGCCCAAAGAGGCUCUUCAGACAUGGUGGGGAAGGGGGCACCCUGACUGCUUAGCACAAACGGCACAGGAGGCUCUGCAGAGAGAGGCCUGUUCUACCAGAUCUCCUAAACCCUCCUGUAGGGCAGAGAAUCAACCCAGGACAGCAUGAUUGGAAUCCACCACCCCAACAUGCUGGUGGGGCAGCUGGGACACCAAAGUGCUUGGGUGACGUCAGCGUAUCCGCCACUGCGCUGCCAACCUUGGUUAUGGAGUUAUAUCAAGCCAGCUGUUUUGGCUGUCGGGCUUGACUGCCUCCUCUUCCACACAAAGACGACCUGCUUUUCCCCAGCAGAAGGCAGCAGCCACUAGCAAGCCCCAUCUGGGGUGGGGAACUGAUAAACUGGCAACUCAGGGUUUUCUUUUAGUAUUUUUCUUUUGAGGCCGUAAUGGGGAAACCUUCCACCCCUGUGCACCUGUAAAUAAUGGACUUCAGAAAUAUACUGGGAGGAAAUCGGGGGCAUUCUGUCUAGCAGAGCUGGGGGAAGGGAACUGUGGCAUGGCUAUUGGAUCCCCAGGGGAGAGUUUGUAACUUUUUCUGUGUGUUUGGGGGAUUUCUCGUUUGUAUGUUUGUGCGUGCGCAUGUGUGAGAGACAGCUGAUUUUUAAAAUAAAACUUAAUAUCUAUUGCUUGCUAAUUUACCAAGGUAACAAGAGGCUUCAAAGAGACUCAUUAGCUUGACAAUCCACCUUCCAGAGCUCCCCAGCUCUGGAUUUUGUAUACAUUUAGGUGUUGGAUUUGAAAAGGGGGUGUGAGUGUAUGUGUGCGUGUGUUUGUGCACUCGCUUUUAGGGGGGAAAAUACUUCUAGUGAACAGCAGGCCAUGACUUGCUGAAGCUGGAAAUGGACCUUCCCUUCCUCCUGCCCACCCUUCCCCAUCUUCCAUGCGCGAGGAGCGUCCGCACUUGAACCUACCUCAUUUGAAGUGUUAGAUUUUGUUUUUUGGGUUUUUUUUCUCUAAUGUGAGCCCCUCGCUGUGCCACCCUUCUGCUUUUUUUUUUUAACCUCUUCCUUGAACAUGGAGAGCCACAGCUGCCCUGGCAGACAUGGGAACAGUUUCCGCGUGGAGGUGGGGACUGCUUUGUUGGGAUUGUCCCCCCCCUCCAUCCCGCCAAGCACAAUUCGGCCUCUCGAAAGCCUUCCUGACUGGAUUGCUGAAAUGAGCCAUCAAGGGCUCCCUCUUCCACCCGCCGAAGGGCAGAUCCCUCUGCAAGACAUUAACGGUGGUAUUUUGAAUGUGCCAAUGAGUGGGGGGAACGAAGAGCUGCUGAUCACCAGGUACCAGCGCCCUGCUCCCAUUCAGUUUUUCCAGUGUCGUUCACACUGUCUGCAGAGAGGGGAACCUGUGUUUGACUAGUGGAGCUGAUGGCUAGUGGUCAGCCUUGGUGUGGACAGUCGUCCACUUUUGGCCUAAGGCCCCACUCCUGAAAGUCCCAGUUCCCGCUCCACAAUUUCCUAUGAUCCAACCUGCUGCUCUGAAGGCUCUCAUGUUUGUGUGCACUACAUGUGCGUGUGUGAGAGAGACGUUGGCACAUUGCAGAGUUUUUGGGAUUAUUUAUCUAUUUAUAUAUAUUGUGUAUAUAUUUGAACUAGCAUGAGGAAGAAUGCCCUGGGGCUGCAGGGUUUUAUAGACUGCUGGGUAGAUCUCUGCAGAGCCCCUCUCCCCCAACCACCCUACCCCCACCAGGCAGGAAGGGAAGCAGAAGGGGGACUCGUUCGUUGACAGAAUCUCGGGUGGGAAGAGAAAUGUGUAAAGAACCCAUUUCUAUGCUUUCUAGGUGUGUGUGUGUAUAUAGAUAUAUAUUAUAUUUUGGUUUUUUUAAUAAAAACAAAAAAAUCGAUUUAUACCCAGUAUCUUAAGAGCCAUUUGCCCAGCAGCAUCUCCCUCAAUGCAGGGAGAUUCGAUAUGAAUUAAGAGAUGGCAAAAUGUGGGCAUUAUACAGGACAAGCUCCCCCCCCCCAUCCCAACAAAACACAAAUACAGUCUUCCCUUGCUGUUGGACGUACUCUGUAGGAGACUGCUGUAUCAUUGAACCUGAGUCGAUAUUGGGGGUGGGGGGUGGGAAAUAAGGCUCUCUUGACUAACAUUGUACAGUUGAGAUCUUUAACGCACAAUUGCACCAUUUCCCCUCCCUCCUUUAAACACACACACAUCUCCCACCACGCCUACCACAGUUCUGGCAAGCAGCAGUGCAUUUUCUCACCUGACUGAACAAACAAGGGGCGGGAGGAUUGCGAGAGAGGGCAAUGACGAGGCUUUCUCUUUCAUGGUGGGGCAUAUAAAAUCAGGGUUAGCGCACCAGAGUGUGCUUCUUUUUUGAGCUCAUUGGCAAGAGGAGGGAAACUGUGUUCUUCAGUUUAAAAGCUGCUUCUGUGAACCGUUCCAAGCUAUGAUGGUUAAAAACCAUGUGUGUGCUAGGGGAGGGGGGAGGAAAUAAUGACAAAUUAUUAAAAAAAAAGAAAAUUAAAUUGUAAAUAAGAUGGCAUCUGUGUAGAGAGAAGAUAAAAAAAGUUUUUAUCAGUAACAAUACCA